AUGCUGUCGUUUAUACUCAUACAAAACCGCCAGGGCAAGACCCGGCUUGCCAAGUGGUACGCGCCGUACAGCGACGACGAGAAGAUCAAGCUCAAGGGCGAGGUCCACCGUCUCGUAGCGCCCCGCGACCAAAAGUACCAGUCCAACUUCGUCGAGUUUCGCAACAACAAGAUCGUCUACCGGCGGUACGCCGGCCUCUUCUUCUGCGCCUGCGUCGACACCAACGACAACGAGCUCGCCUUCCUCGAGGCCAUCCACUUCUUCGUGGAGGUCCUCGACGCCUUCUUCGGCAACGUCUGCGAGCUGGACCUGGUCUUCAACUUCUACAAGGUCUACGCCAUCCUCGACGAGGUCUUCCUGGCCGGCGAGAUCGAGGAGACGAGCAAGCAGGUCGUGCUGACGAGAUUGGAGCACCUGGACAAGCUCGAGUAG